ACCACACAGACAUGAAAUUGAUAUCUUGACAGUUCAACUCUUCGCAUACAAGCAAUUCAACACCAGAUAAUACAGUGACGUGACAACAGUGUUCAUAGUCUAAGCAUGGAUUUAGUUAUGCUCGUAAAGUUGAGACUUUUUCUCAAACUUAGUUUGGCCUUUUGUUGAUUCGAAGGCAUCGAGAUGAUGUCUUGAUGCGAUCGACCAUAAUUGGGUGACAUGAACACAAGGCAGUCCGCAGAUCAGUGGCCUACAGGCACCAAUGUCGGGCUUGCGGGAGGGAGGGCAAGAGCUGUGUCUUUAAGAGGGAAUGAGGAUCAGCUUCCUUCUCAUUGGCUGUCGGGAGGGCGGCCCGUCGACCAAUAGGAUCGAAGACUGUACAAAGCAAUCUCGUCCCUGCCCCCACGCAGCUUCAUCUCACUAACACGCCAAAUGCGCUGAGCUGCGGCACAGGCAGAAAGGAAUCGGCUCCUUUUGGCACGACGUAUUGUUGUUGGGUUUUGAUGAUAGUUACUAUUUCCCCACCUGAAAACGAAUCGAAGGCGGUUUGCUGGGCUCGGGCGGCUUGAAGGUGUGCCGACUGCGGGGUUAUUAACCCGCUUGCGCGGACGUGGGGCUCGGCGCCGAGAGAGGAUGUCGCUGAGGAUGUUUGCGUCGUAACGGAGCGAGGAUGACAAAGACAAUCGGAUCCCGAGACUGGCGACGGCGGGCUCUUUUGUGGCCUUUUCUCUUGUGGACUACGGUGGGGGCGCAGACUCGUUACAGCAUCCCGGAGGAGCUGAAGCGAGGUUCGGUGGUGGGCAACGUGGCCAAAGAUCUGGCCCUGGGACUGUCUGAGAUAUUUGAGCGCAAGCUGCGGGUGGCCUCCGAGGCCGGGAAGCAGCAUUUCAGCGUGGAUGCGGCCAAGGGCGAGCUGCUGGUCCACGACAGAAUAGACAGAGAGGCUUUAUGCGGACAAAGCGCCAGCUGCGUGCUCCCUCUGCAGGUCGUCGUCGAGGAGCCGCUGCACUUGCAUCGGAUCGAGGUGGAAAUACGAGACAUCAAUGACAAUUCCCCUCGAUUUCAAACGAAUGAGCUCGCUUUAAAAAUAGCCGAAUCGGCCGCAGUCGGCACGCGUUUCCUUUUGGAUAGCGCGGAGGAUUUAGAUGUUGGAAGUAAUUCGGUCAAAACGUACACCUUGGCGAAAAACGACUGUUUCACGUUGAAGAUGAAAGAGGUUGAGGAUGGUAAACUAGUUCCCGAGUUAGUUUUAGAAAAACCACUAGACAGAGAAAGAAAAGCUUCUCAUCAGCUCCUGCUGACUGCUUUCGACGGAGGCAGUCCGGUCUUGUCUGGUACCGCACAAAUUUCUGUUUUUGUGCUUGACAUAAAUGACAAUUUCCCCGUUUUUGACAAAAGUCUGUAUAAAGCGUCCUUAGAAGAAAAUGUGGCAAAAAAUACAUUUGUAGUUAGAUUGACUGCAACUGAUGCAGAUGAGGGACCCAACGGACAAGUACAAUAUUUUUUGAGCACGCGCACGCCUGAUUCUGUGUCAUCUAUGUUUAAAUUAAAUUCCGAAACAGGUGAAAUAUUUUUACAAGGAGAUUUAGAUUAUGAAAAAGCUACAUCUUACAAACUUGAAGUGACUGCCAAAGACAAAGGGGUGCCUGAAAUGGAGAGUCACUGCCGUGCGCAGAUUGACGUUGUUGAUAUUAAUGAUAAUGUCCCAGAAGUUAUCCUCACCUCGGAACCGCAGCCGGUCCGGGAGGACGCACCGAGUGGGUCAGUGGUGGCUCUGCUUACAUCACGUGAUGCAGACUCUGGUAUUAAUGGCAACGUAACACUCCAGAUCCGUAAAGGGUCCCCUUUCAUUCUGAAACCGUCUUUCUCAAAUAAUUACGCGCUGGUCACCAGCGGCGCUUUGGACCGAGAGAGCGUGUCCGAGUACAGGAUCGAGGUGACGGCCACCGAUUCGGGCUCUCCUCCUCUUUCCAGUCAGACCGCCAUCACCGUCAGCGUCAGCGACGUCAACGACAACCCUCCCGUCUUCUCGCAGACUUCUUAUAACGUUUACGUAAAAGAGAACGGCGCCGCCGGCGCCAUCCUGCACUCGGUGUCGGCGAGCGACCCGGACGCCGGCCAAAACGCCAAAGUGUCCUACACGCUGCUGGACAGCAAAGCGUCAGCGGCGCCGGCGGCGUCGUCGUACGUUUACGUGAACGCCGAGAACGGCAGCAUCUACAGCAUGAGCUCGUUCGACUACGAGAAAGUCCAAGUGUUCGAGGUCGGGGUGGAGGCCAAGGACCGGGGCUCUCCGUCGCUCAGCAGCACCGCCACCGUCCACGUUUUCAUCCUGGACCAGAACGACAACGCCCCCGCCGUCAUCUACCCCUCCCCCCACGCCGCCUCCCACCUGAGGGCGCCCCGCUCGGCCAAGGCGGGCCACCUGCUCACCAAGGUGACGGCCGUGGACGCCGACUCGGGCCACAACGCCUGGAUCACCUACAAAGUGGCGGAGGCCACGGACGCCUCUCUGUUCACGCUCAGUUUGUACACAGGGGAGGUGAGGACUAAACGCGCCGUGUCCGAGCACGACGACUCCUCUCAGAGGCUGAUCGUCGAGGUCAAGGACGACGGGGAACCGGUCCGCUCGUCCACCGUCACGCUGUCCGUCCUGCUGGAGGACGCCGUCAGCGAGCCCGCCUCGGAGCCGCACGGACGCCGCUCGCUGUCCGAGCCCGGCCACAAAGGCGGCGGCGGCGGCGGCAGGAUCACGCUGUACUUGAUCGUGUCCCUGGCCUCGGUGUCCGUGCUGUCUCUGCUGGCGUUGCUCACCUUAGCCGUCAAAUGCGCCAAGACCGGCGGCGGCGGGGCCGCCUGCUGCCCGGGCGUCGGACGGCCCCGCGACGAGAAGCCCAACAGAAAUCUGCACAUUCAGCUCAACACCGACGGACCCAUCAAGUACGUGGAGGUUCUGGGGGGAGACGUCAUGUCUCAGAGUCAGUCCUUCCGGUCCUGCGUGUCUCCCGGGUCCGAGUACAGCGAUUUCACGCUGCUCAAGCCCAGCGGCACCGCCGACUUCAAGGAGGUCAUCGGCGUGCUGGAUGCGUCUUUGCCGGACAGCGCCUGGACCUUCGAGAGCCAGCAGGUGAGCCCACCGUUCGCUUUGCAAACAGAGGCCGGAAACUGCUCCUCGUGCGCAUUUCCCCAACAUUUCUCUCCCGCUAUCAGUCGAGGAGUCCAGUCGCUCGGCUCCCAUCUGCAGUCUUGAAAUGUUGUCAUGACGCCAUACAUUUUAUUUGACGGUACUGAUGUCUGUGGGAUGCAUUCAGUGGUCAAACUGGAUCGGUUCAGCACCACAACCGCGGACAGUGUCUCCAAACCUGCGGUGGCAAAUCGUCGUCCCGAUGUAAACAAACUCGAGGUUGUUUCAUUAUAUCCUUCAACUAGUUGACCUUUUGGUUAGUUACUUGUAUUCUAACGGUCCUAUUUACUCAUGUGGUGAAAAUGUGUCCCAUUCUGAAACAUUUCCAAUCUUUUUUUUGUGGGGAUGUGUAGGAGGCUUCAGCAUGGUGCUACCAGCACGUGCAAACUUAUUCAGGUGUCAAACGCACAGAGAAAGAUUGUUUUUUAAAAAAAAUUGUUUUCAGGAUGAAAAGACAAGCAACAGUGUUGAACGAUAUGUGAAAUUAGUAAUUUAAAAUGAUCGUGUUCUCUUAACAAUAGCUCAACAUGUGUCAACUUAUGGCAAAGCUUUUUCAAAAUUUUGUCUGCAUUUCCCUUGCAGUCAUGAUAACUAACGAACUCGCUUCGGAGGCAACUCAGCCGAUGAAGCGACAGCUUGAGCGCAACUGGCAGCUGCUUUUAAAUCGUCAAAUCUCAAGUAACUUGAAACAUUUUUAAAAGACAAAGUCCACAGUGAUUGGCAACAUUUUCUUAUAAAUGACGUAUUUCACCCGAAAAUGAUUUUCUCUCGCGAUGGACCCCGCGAGGACUCAUAGCUGCCUAAAACGGUGCCUGACUAAAAUACAAAUCAAAACAAAAUUAAAACAGGGAUGUGAAUAACUCAUGCUUAUAUUGAAAUGUAAGAAAUUGCACAACAUUUUUUUAGUUAAAAAUGUUUUGCUCAGCAUACCGCAGUGUUUCAUAAUAGUUUUUGUCAGAUGCACCUCGUCAUGUGAUCGACA